AUGGAUGCUGCCGCCGUCACCAGCAAGGUCAAGGACCUCAACGCCGCCAACCAGUCCGGCAAGCCAGAUGACGUCCUCGCCAUCCUGAACACUCUCAAGUCUCAGGUAAUUCCCACAGAAGAUCUUCUUCGUUCUUCCAAAGCCGGUGUCGCUGUGGGUAAAUUGCGCCAGCACGCUACCCCGGCCGUCUCGAGCCUGGCCAAAGAGAUUGUAAAAAAGUGGAGAGAUGCUGUGGAAGAAAAGAAGAAACGAAAGAGGGCAGAGGGGGAUGAUGGGAAGGACGUAAAGAAGGAGAAGGAGGAUGGAGGUGCCAAGCGGGUCAAGGCGGAGGCGGGAUCAUCGGCUGCCUCUCCUUCUAGAAGCACACCAGCCUCGACUUUGACACCAGAUAUCAAGCAGACUUCCCCACCUGCGCGUCAGCCACUCUCUACCAUUGAUUCGUCUCGUACCACACCCCGAACCGCCAAAUCUGACGGGAUCGCUGCGUCUCUGAAAGCUGACGCUAGCUAUGACGGUGGCAGAGCAGACGAUGUGAGGGACAAGUGUGUGAUUUUGAUCUAUGAUGCCCUGGCUCUGGAUAGCAAUGCCGAAUCAAAAAUCUUGCAGGAGCGAGCCAGAGGGAUCGAACGUGCUGCUCACAAGGCCAUGAACAACUCUACAGGGAACGAUUAUCGAGCUAAAAUGCGAUCCUUGUAUCUCAACCUCAAGGACAAGGGCAAUCCCGCCUUAAGAAACGAGAUCGUGCUUGGGGACGUGACUCCUGAAACGGUUGCCAACAUGACCAAAGAUGAAAUGGCUUCCGAAAGCGUCCGCAUGCUCAACCAAAAACUUGCCACCGACAAUCUGUUCAAGGCCAAGGCUGUUGGUGAGACACAAGCAGAGACAGAUGCGUUCAAAUGUGGGCGAUGCCAGCAGAGAAAGUGUACCUACUACCAGAUGCAAACAAGAAGUGCGGAUGAACCGAUGACGGUAAGUGUCUUCUUCACACAAAGGGUCAUGGCUGAUGGAUAA